UUCAUUGUGGGUGGGUCAAUGGUAUUUUGUAGUUAAAGAAACGAAACAUUCGUCCACUUUACAAUAUUGAUCAGCACAGAAACUUCUAAAUGAAUUCCUGUGGUACUUAAGAGCCAAUUAAUUUUCAUUAACCCUCAGGUUAACAUAGAAUGCCUCAAAGAACAAAGAAGGACUCUAAACACAACCGUCCCUCAGGCAAUACAGGUUCACGAUGGCACAACUUUCAUUUCAGUGGAAAAUUGAUUUCUUGCAGUGUUAUUUUUGGUUUCCUGCUCAUACUUGUUGGAGGUAUCCUGUUAGCUAUAGGAAUGGAUCGGGAAGAGGAAAACAAAUCAGAUGAUUAUGGUGAUCUACAGAAAAAACCCCCACUGGUGUUUGUCGGACCAGUUAUUAUGGGCAUUGGUGGAUUCACUGUAAUUAUUGGUGUCAUUAUGUGCCUAGUAGAAACAAAAGUAUUUCGUAGGAGAGCUGGAGACUCCAAUCCUCUCAUUAAUAGCGAAGGUGGAGAGUCUGCUUCAAGAGAUAUUGAAGCUAUAAAUGGUGGAUCUGAUCCUACAGCAAUACCAUCAGAUUCUAAACAUUACAAAAAACACCAACAUGGUAAAAAAUCUCCUAGAAAAACAAGAAAUGGUAAAAAAUCUCACUCUUCAAACGAAGCUUCUUCGUCUAGUUCUCAGUCUUCAGAACCCAUAAGUAUUUCUGGAAAAGGCUCCAGAAACUUCUUGAAUGCAAGUGAUACAUUUUUGACGCCUCCUGGUUCUUUUACUCAAGACGAUUUACAAAUGCAAGGGGCAAAACGAGAUGCUGUUAAUCAAACUAGUGCCUCAUUGCUGAAGUCCUAUAACAGCUCUGGAACAUACAGUACAGAAUUUCAGACACCUUCUGCUUCUUUCAUUGACUCAGCAAGUUUCCCUAGCAGUCAAGACAGCAAUGAAGUACCGACCCCACAGCUUCCUUUGAACAUACCUAGCAAUCUUAUUGUAAAAUCUCUUGGAAAUGCAAGACACGAAUUCUUGACACCACAGAAUUCUAACGCAGAUGUGUUAGAAACACUUGAAAAACCUAGAGAGGUAAAAUCUAAAGAGGAGUAUUCGCCUGUAAUAAACAGACAUGCUUUUCUAACACCAAAAAACUCUGCCGAUUUAUUAGAAGACUCACCACCCAAUGAGGAAGUAUUAGAACACAUGAGGAAUACUUUAAACCUUCCAGAUACUUUUGUGAGUAAGAAAUCUCCAGAUAAAGUAGCUACAAUGAAUAUUGUAGCUGAUAUCCACGAACCAUCAAAGCAACACUUUUCAGAUAUGAAUAAUGCUUUAGUCAAGCCGUCUACCAAACAUUCAAAGCCUCAAGAAGAAGUUGUGCAUUCAGAUAUCAAAGUUGAUGUUCUAAUCGAUGCUAUAGAUGAUGAAGUUAAAGGCAAUACACAAGGAAAUAUAUCAAAUAUUAAAGAUGAUGAAACUGGAGAGUCAUCAGAAAAUAUUAAGAGUAACCAGAACAUGGUUUCUGAAAAUGCACAGAGUGUAAGAGAAAAGGUUGAUAAAAUGUCCAACCUUAUUGAAAAAGAUGAACUUAAAGCAAAUGGCGAAAGUGCGCGUAGUUUUGAGUUUACAUCUGAAGAUAAUUUGAUAGCAAAUGAUCCUACUUCAAAAAAGGAUUUAAGCUCGAGGAUAGAUGGCAAUCUGGAUAGUUUAAAAAAAGGAGAAUAGGAAAGGGAAAUGCAAUCUCAAUUCCUUAACCGAAAACUUUCACCUUACAGCAUAAUACAAAUAGUACAAUAGUCACUCACUCAUAAUGAAUGAGUGAGUGACUUUUCCACUCAAAAAUGAAUAAGUGAUUUUCUCACUUAAUUAGAAAAUAGUGAUGUUUAUACUGAACUGAAAACAAGAGAAACAAGAAAAGAAAGAAAAUUUAACAAAUAAUGCCCUUCGGUUAGGAGAAUGUUUGUGUUAAGAUAGUUUGUAAUAGUCUUCAAAUGUUGAUAAGUAGUGUGUGUUUAAAAUAAUACAUGUGCCUAGUUGUGAAACAACAUGAUGUCUAAAUUAUAUUAUUCUGAUUACAACAUGUGGCAAUAAAAAAGGCUCUUUUGAA